UCAUUUCCUGCGGGUCACAGUUUUACUACAGUCUGGAAGAAAUGGCGGACAUGGAUGAAUUGUUCGGGAGCGAUGGGGACAGCGACAAUGACCAGCGAGAGUCUGGUUCCGGCUCCGGUUCAGACUCUGAGCCGGAGAGACCCCGAUCUGCCAGCAACGCCUCGGGGAGCGGCAGCGACAGUGAGAGGGAACGGAAUGAUGAAGAUGAAGAGGAAGGCCAGGAGGCGGGGAAACCCAGUAUCAAUAAGGAGCUGUUUGGAGACGACAGCGAGGACGAGCAACGCAGUCAACACAGUGGCAGCGACAACCAGUCGGAAAGGUCGGGGAACCAGUCGGACGCCAGCAUGCACUCGGAGCAGCGGGACAACGAUCCCUCCGAUGCAGAGCAGCACAGCGGCUCAGAGCGCGGCCAUCGGGACGAGGAUGAGGACGAAGAUGACGCGGGCCGCCGGUCGGAUGCAGGAAGCCCGGCUGGCAGCGGGAUGUCUGGAGAAGGGAGCCCUCGCUCUGAGAGGGGCAGUGUCCGGUCGGACAGAAGCGUGCACAGCGAUCCUGCGACUCCGCAGUCGGGGCCGGGCAGCCCUCAAUCCGAUGCAGAAGCCUCUGGCAAGGAGAACCAGUCGGAGGACGAGAAGUGGGAAGGAGGGGCUAAGAGCGACCAGUCGGAGGAUGAGGGGGAGAAAUGCCAUUACUCUGAUGAAGAAAGAGAGAACUCUGACGACGAGGGGCCGAGGAACAGGAAGUCAGAGUCCGCAAAGGGCAGUGACAGUGAAGAUGAUUUCCUCAGACAGAAAACCAAAGCGAAAGCCGCAUACGAUUCAGAUUCAGACAGCGAUGUCGGAACAAAGAAAGUAAAGAAGACGGCAGCAGACGACCUGUUUGGAGAGGCCGACGACAUCUCUUCAGACAGCGAUGCAGAGAAGCCCCCGACCCCGGGACAGCCCCUGGAUGCAGAGGACGGGAUGGAGGGGGAGCGUGCGGAAGAGGAGCACGCGCCCGAAACCCAUAUCGAAGUAGAGAUCCCAAAAGUCAGCACAGACUUGGGAUCUGACCUUUAUUUUGUCAAGCUGCCCAACUUCUUGUCUGUGGAGCCCAGACCCUUUGAUCCUCAGUACUAUGAGGAUGAAUUUGAGGAUGAAGAGAUGCUGGAUGAAGAGGGACGGACCAGGCUCAAGCUGAAGGUUGAGAAUACCAUUCGUUGGCGAGCCAAGAAAGACGAGGAGGGGAAUGAGGCGCGGGAGAGCAACGCGCGCAUUGUCAAAUGGUCCGAUGGCAGCAUGUCCCUCCACCUGGGGAAUGAAGUGUUUGAUGUUUACAAAGCCCCUCUCCAGGGAGACCACAACCACCUGUUCAUCCGACAGGGCACUGGACUGCAGGGACAGGCCGUGUUCAAAACCAAACUCACAUUCAGGCCCCACUCCACAGACAGCGCCACCCACAGGAAGAUGACCCUGUCUCUGGCUGACCGCUGCUCCAAGACGCAGAAGAUCAGAAUCCUUCCCAUGGCGGGACGGGAUCCUGAGUCGCAUCGCAAUGAAAUGAUCAAGAAAGAGGAGGAGCGGCUGCGAGCUUCCAUCCGCAGAGAGUCCCAGCAGAGGAGGAUGAGGGAGAAGCAGCACCAGAGAGGCCUGAGCAGCAGUUACCUGGAGCCCGACCGCUACGAUGAUGAGGAGGAGGGCGAGGAAGCCAUCAGCCUGGCAGCCAUCAAGAGCAAAUACAAGGGAGGAGGAGGUCUGAGAGAGGAGCGAGCGAGGAUCUACUCAUCCGACAGUGAUGAAGGCUCUGAUGACGACAAGGCCCAGAGGCUGAUGAAGGCCAAGAAGCUAGACAGCGAUGAGGAGGGCGAGGGGUCAGGCAAGAGAAAGGCCGAGGACGACGAGGAGGUAGCCACCAAGAAGGCCAAGAAAUAUGUGAUCAGCGACGAAGAGGAGGAGGAGGAGGAGGAAGAGGAGAAGGAGGAGGAAGAAGAAGAAGAGGAGAAGGAGGAAAAGGAAGAGGGGGAAGAGGAUGAUGAAUAAUUCUCUUUUUUUUUUAUCAUUCCACUGUAUUAUCAGUGCUCAGCCCACAUGGCAUAUAAACAGCCAUAUUUUGUUUUGUAUAUUUUUUUAAGACCUGAGUGUGGGUGAGUGCGAUUGUGUGUUUGUUUGCUUGUUUAUGUUGUGUACAGAAAAGGUGAGAAAUAAAGAAAUGGUUGUCUUAUGUAA